AUGGAGGAGUUGGACAAGUUUCUCAUUGUUUUCAUUGACGACAUCUUGGUCUACUCCAAGACUGCCAAAGAGCAUGAAGAGCACUUAUGGAUUCUAUUGGAGAAGCUGAGGCGGCACCAGUUGUACGCCAAGUUUAGCAAAUGCGAGUUCUGGCUUGAGAAAGUUGCUUUCCUUGGUCAUGCGUUGAUAGCACAGGAAGUUGCUGUGGAUCUAGAUAAGAUUGACGCAGUGUCAGAAUGGCAGCAACCGAAGAAUGUGAUGAAAAUCAGAAGCUUUCUCGGAUUGGCAGGGUACUACCAUAGAUUCAUGGAGAACUUCUCCAAGAUUGCAAAGCCAAUGAUAGAAUUGUUGAAGAGCAACAUGCCGUUUGUGUGGUCAGAAAAAUCUGAAGCAAGCUUCCAAGAGCUCAAGGCCUGA